UUCAUCCGAUUCAGACGUGUUUUUGCAAAAUGUCUCGCGAAAAAGUACUUCUUGCCUAUUCCGGAGGUCUCGAUACAAGUUGCAUCCUGAAAUGGCUUUUGGAGAAAGAUUACGAAGUUAUUUGUUUCAUGGCUGACGUUGGUCAAGAAGAAGAUUUCCUCGCUGCUCGUCAAAAAGCUCUGAAAAUUGGCGCGAGUGAAGUUGUGAUCAAAGACAUGAAAAACACUUUUGUCACGCAAUACAUUUGGCCCGCAAUUCAGAUGGGAUUGAUUUACGAAGAUCGUUAUUUGCUGGGAACGUCAUUAGCUCGUCCUUGCAUCACGGUUGGAUUACUCGAAACUGCGAAGGAAUUUGGAUGUUCGAUCAUUUCGCAUGGCGCAACGGGAAAAGGCAACGAUCAAGUACGUUUCGAAUUGAGUGCUUAUGCGAUCGAUCCAAGCAUUCGUGUAAUUGCUCCAUGGCGUGAACGUGAAUUUUGCGACAAAUUUCAAGGACGAACAGAUUUGUUGGCUUACGCGAAGGCAAAUAACAUACCUGUGAGUGCUUCGCCGAAAGAACCAUGGUCCAUGGAUGCGAAUAUCAUGCACAUCAGUUACGAAUCGGGAAUUCUCGAAGAUCCGGGACACAUUGCUCCUGAAAAUUUGUACCUUAUGACGAAAGAUCCCGUGAAAGGACCCAAUAUCCCAUCACGUGUUGAGAUUACCUUCAGUAAUGGCUUCCCAAUUCGUGUCUCGGAACUCUCAACGGGAACAACGUUCAUCGAACCUUUGGAUAUUUUGACAUUUUUGAACAAAAUCGGCGGCGAACAUGGCGUCGGGCGUGUUGAUAUUGUCGAAAAUCGCUUCAUCGGCAUGAAAUCUCGUGGCGUUUAUGAAUCUCCCGGCGCAAAAAUUCUCCAUUGUGCACAUCAAGACAUGGAAAUCUUCUGCUUGGAUCGCGAAGUUUACCGCUUAAAGAAACAUUUGCAAGAAAAAAUGGCGGAUUUCGUCUACAAUGGUUUGUGGUUUAGUCCUGAAGCUGAAUUCGCAAGAUCGUGUCUCAGUAAUUCACAGAAAAAUGUGCGCGGAAAAGUUGUAGUUGAAAUGUUCAAAGGCAAUGUGAUGGCAAUCGCUCGAGAAUCCGUUAAUUCGUUGUACAACAAGCAACUUUGCUCGAUGGAUGUUCACGGAACAUUUUUGCCUGAAAAGUCAAGCGGAUUUAUCGAAAUUACAGCAAUGCGAUUGAAAGAAACGACGGCGAGAUUUGGAACUCCAAAUUUUAAUGUAAAGAUGACCCGUAAAAAUAGCACUUAUUAUAACGAAUUCAAAUAAUUUUUUAAAAAAUUUUAUCACGAGUCGAAUAAAAAAAAUUUGAACUUCCGUUCAUUGAACUUUGCGAUAAGAAAUGCGCAAAAAAUUAAAUAAAAGUCGAAAAAUCAAGUCUU